AUGAUGGGUGCCGAUUCCCCUCCCACACCGCCUGCCGGCCCGCUGCUCUCUGAGGAGUCCGCCACCCUUCUUCGGGAGCUAGGAGACUACUUCACCCGUACUGCUCAGAUAUGGUCAUCAUUGACGCAUAGCCUGCUUCAAGACCCGCACGUAUGUCAGGUUGCCAUAGAUGUCAACAACCGGUCAGCCAAGCAAACCAGUCUGACGGUCUUCACUACCGUUUCUGCCGUUGAUGUUACAAUUAGUCGUUUCCGAUAUGUGUCACAGCUUAUAGCACCUCACGGUCAUCUAUGGCAUGCUUCUCACACUGUGACACAGGAAAAUACGAGACCUAGCGGCCAAGUUCUCUCAAGACGCCCAGGCUGUCUGGCGGCCCAAUGGCGGUGUUUUGGAACCUUCUUCCUCGUCGAAUUUGGAUACACGGUGGGCAAGAACGGGGGCGUAGAACCAAAACUAGAUUGCACUUUGGAAUGGCUUACGCGAGAAGAUGGCGACGCCGCAAAGAGAGUCUUAGAUGAAGGAGUGACAGUACCAUCCCGGCUUCAUGCUUAG